AUGUCAGCAACCCUCAACAUGAGCUCUUUUGCUGCCACAGCAAGAAAACACCUUUAUACCCCGCCAUGGCGAACAUUCCGGAUCCCGAACGUCGGAUUGACGAUGAACAAGACCUUCCAAGUUCGUCUACUCUCAACAGCAGAGGCAGUGCCGAAAAUCGCUCAAGCCUCAACAUGGCAGUCUAUCAUCCCUAAGUUUUUUCGAGGCGGCGGCUCAAAUAUAUCACCAAAGACGAGAUCAAAAGAAUGGAAUCCGGCAACUUUCUACGUCGUGAUAUGGACGCUUAUAGGAUCGCAGGCCAUUCAGAUGCUGGUCCUGCGCAAGGACUUUGAAAACUAUACGCGAAAAGCAGAUGCAAAGAUACGGCUACUGCGGGAGGUCAUACAAAAAGUGAAUAAUGGAGAGACUGUCGACGUCGAAAGACUACUGGGAACGGGCGAUGAAGUGAAGGAGAGAGAAUGGGAAGAAGUUCUCCAAGAAAUCGAAAAUGAAGACUCAGUGUGGCGCCAGAAGUCCCAUGAUCAACGAAGCAGUGACGACGAUAUUUGGAGCGACGGAAAGGACAAACCUAAGGAUCCUGUCAUGAAGUCGGAGAAAUCUACACAACCAGCUGUUGCCCCUGCAGCUGGAACUGCAAAAAGCGCCAGGUUCUAUUAA